GCUUCAACCACAGUGGUUGAGCAGGAUAAUUAGUAAUUAAAAAAAAAAAACAAUAAUAAUAAUAUAAAAAAUAAGAUAAAAUAAAAAUCUUACCGCAGAAAAUUGUCACGCGCCAGGCAAAAUUGCUCCACCAGAACUCCGAACUCCAUAGAAACGGAGAGAGAAAGAGUCGUAUUCAAAGGCGGUUUAAGAGAAAAAAAAAAAAAAAAAAAAAAAGGGUAGAAAGGAAAAGAAAGGUGAAACCCUAGCCAUGCUUACAUGGUUUCGACUUGAGUUUGCAUCUGGGAAUAUUAAUCGCUGAUUACCAUCUUUCAAUUUUAAAAUUGCGGCCAAAAUGGGAGGAGGAGGAGACGACGGUGAUCGGAAUAAGCAUCGUCGAUGGCCACCAAACAGACCUCAUCAAGAAAAGGAGGAGGACAUGAAGCUUUGGGGAAUUCUCCUCUUCGGUUUAAUUGGCGCCACCGCCACCACUUUCGCCGUUGGUCACUUGCGGAGGACUGUUGAUUGGUUCUACACUCAGUUGGCCAGAUCUCAAUCGUCAAAUGGAAGAACUGGUAGUUCAUUCCGGACAGCUUUUCAGGAGGAAGCAUGGAAAAGAUAUAAUCGUCGUAUGCAAGAGGAAUAUGAAGAAGAAAUGGAGAGGGUGGAGCGUAUAAGGCGUAUGCAAAGUGUCUUCAACAGAGAGAGGAACAAAUACAAAAGGAGCUAUGAGAGCUGGAGGGAAAAUGGACAAGGUGCAUAUCAUCAACAUUUCCAGCGAGAUGAUUGGUAUUGGAAGACAGACACAUCCUAUAGGAACCAGAGAUCUAACUACAGGGAAACUCCUAGAGAGAAUGUCAGCUACUCAUUGUCACAUCAUUACUUAGUUUUGGGCCUUGACAGGUUCCCAAAAAAACCUUACACAGAAGCUCAGAUUAAGACAGCAUUUAGGGCCAAAGCAAAGGAGUUUCACCCAGAUCAGAACCAGGACAAUAAAGAGGCUGCUGAAGCAAAGUUUAAAGAGGUAAUGACAUCCUACGAGGCAAUAAAGAGAGAGAAUGGCAUGAAUAUUUGAACCCGUUAGGAGAACCUAAGAAUCAUACAUGUAUUCUAGAAAAUGAACGUGUGGAAGUUUUAAUCUACAACUACCGUAGGCUGAGUAAAGAGGAGAAGACUUCAGUCUUGCUUGCGAACCUUCUACAACCAUGACAUACGCAGAAAUCAAAUAUAUGCUCACCCCCUUUACGAUUCCUUUGGUUCACCACUCGAUGUCUUCCAGAUUUAUUUCAAAAGCUCAUUCCUUUUUUGGUCA